AUGGAUUCUGAAGUGGCGCUCCAGGACCUCUGCUCACGGGUUAUUCAACAGUUGCGCCAAAUCAGGGCGGAUCUCGUACACCUGAUGGAGAAAUAUUUGGAGGCACAUGGGUUUGACAGCUUACCACAUUUUGACCUACAAGGAGGGAGCGCAUCCAUGAGCUCCGAGGGUUGGAUGGAAAUGGCUAUGGAAGAACGAUUGUUGGCCAACAUUACUGCCUACAUAAAAUUGGAGCGACGACUAAUGCAAGUGAUAGAAGAACAGGCUGAAAGCCUUCUGCAUGGAGAGAGAGACCUGCACGGGGGCCUUCAAAACCUACUGGAACAAGUGACGGCCUUGAGGACGCAGCUGGAGCACCUUGGGACCACCAUGGGUCUGAGCAUGGAGUCAGAUGAAGGCAUUGAUGAAGUUGAUAGAGAAUCUGGAACUAUGUUUGAGAGGAAGGUCAGGGGCUACCAUGUCCUGAGAGAGCUGUCCAUGUGGGCAGUGAGAAGUGUCAGGGACUUACGGAAGUUGCAGAGGGAGCAGGAGAAGUUGGCCAACAAAACUGAAACGCUCACUGAAGGGAAUGGUCAAUAA